CUUUUAUCGAUGCGCAGCGCUGCGGCUGCGUCUUCGUGAGCAGGUACGCGCACAGCGCUGCGUCUUGGGCAGUCUGUGGGAUUCGCUUCGUGGCAGGCGACAGUUUUGCAAAGCCGUUGCCGUCGAGGAAUGUGAUUAAGGAGAUACCAGCUGCGUGCCGUAACACCCAGGGGAGGAUGGCGCGAGUUUGCGUUUCGGCCUCGGCAAAGCUGAGAUGCUAGUGUCUUACCGCCGCUAGCCGAGCCAGAUUGCGCGCCACGCGUGUGGGCCUUCGAGCAGGUGUGGAGACGCGUCGAAGACGUCGUUGGCACGGGAGGAAGACUCGAGUCACAGCCAAGCUCGCCCUGGUCUCCCGCGAUUGGCUCACCAAAACUGAGCUCACAAGUGCUCAUACGCGCGUGACGGUCACUCAUCGUCACCGCUCUCACCACUACUCGAUCACUAGACCGCCGCCGCGCCGCCAGACGUCCAAGAUGGUGCAAACCAGAGUCCAGGGUCAAUUCACAGAUAUGAAAACGCGGCGCGACGGCGACGCCGCGAUCCUCCGCGAGCCGCCGGAAAACGCGCGCAUCGAUCGCGCGCGGCGACGGGCGCCACCGGUCCGCGGCCGGGGCGCGCGCGGCGGCGACCCGAUCGACCCGGGUCGCCGCGCCGCCGCCGCCGGGACGCCGCCGCCGCGAGAUCAACGCUAAACAAAACGCAGGCCGACAUGGCCGCCGCCCGCGCGAAGAUGAUCGCGCGCCGCUUCGGCGGCAAGGACGUUUCGAAGACCGGCGGCAAGGGCUCGAUGCGCCGCAAGAAGAAGACGGUCCACAAGACGGCUCAGAGUGAUGAUAAAAGGAUUGGCGCGACGCUCAAGAAGUUGGGGGUCAGCGACAUCCCGGGCAUCGAAGAGGUCAACGUGUUUAAGCGCGACGGUUCAGUGGUGCACUUCAAGCACAACGUCAAGUUGCAAGCCUCGACGGGCGCGAACACGUACGUCAUCACGGGCAAGCACGACGAGAAGUCGAUUCAGGACCUCAUGCCCGGCAUCCUGCCGCACUUGGGCCCCGAGCUCGCGCAGCAGUUGCAGGGCGGCAUGGGCCUGGGCGGGGGCGGCGGCGGCAUGAGCGCGCCGCCGCCGUCGGACGAGCUCGGCCUGCCGUCGGACUCGGACGAUAGUGACGAGGGCUCGGACAGCGAGGACGACGUGCCCGAGCUCGUCGAGAACUUCGACGAGGCCCAGAAGUAGGUUUGUGGGCGGGCGUAACUUCUCC